AUGUCCGCAAAUAACAUAUAUGCCUGCCGCUUUGGACAUCAACCAACUGCCAUGCGGCUAGUCGAAAUGCGCCCUGUCCCAAACUUUGAACUAGCAGAUAAUCUUCUGCGCACCUCGCGAACAACUUUGGCCGUCAUUUCCCUGCCUAGAUCGGACAUCCUUUACCGGUGGCUCACACUCUUUGUCACUUCGUCUCUGCUAGUCCCCGCAUUUGCGAGUAUUCCAACAGUGCACGAGCUGACCGCGGCGAAACCACGCCAGAACACGCUCUUGCUUUGCCACACAACAAGCCCCGUGCCGAUUCCACUCCCAUCUUCCCAUCCCUCUCCUCACCCACCUCCCCUCAUUGGCCCUUGCGAACCAGUUCCCUGUCAUGGGAACGGCCCCGUCGCACCACGCCCAUCUCAGCAGCACUGCCCACCGACCCCGCAUCUCGCACAUCACCAUUCCCUAGGGUCAUGGGUCGCACUCGCUGUCACGCGGCCACCGCAGUAG